AAGGAAAAUAUAGUAAACCAUUUAGAACUUAAGUUAAUAGAAUAUUUGAAGCCAUCACAUCAGGGUUCAUUUAUUUAAUAUUGACAAUUUUUAGAUUAAAAAUUUAAAGAUAUUGAGCGCGUUCAGGGACGGUCAGCGGCUGAGUGGCUGAGUAAACGGUUUCCCUAAACGGUCUCUUUUUACACGCAAAAACAAUCUGCCAAUCUGAGUAAAAUACUCAGCGGUCGGUCAGCCGCUGUGCUCCCUGAACGCGCACAUUAAUUUAUUUUUUGAAAAUCGACCGACGCGCCAUCCGACGGUGUAAUAUGUAAACGUAGCAAGAAAUUGUACAGAAAUUUACUAUUUUAGUACAAUUUUUUGACAACAAAAAUAACUUUUGAGAAGUUUGUCAGUUUGUGACGGUAAUUUCGGCAGGAAGCUUUGAUUUAAAUGUUAGUAUUUUUAAAAUUUUAGCAAAUUUUGGCCUACUUUGAACAUAAUCUAGCAUAAGAACAGUUAAAAGAAGUUUUAAAUGGCAAUAUCACAUAAACUUAAAGUACUUUCAAGAAUAAUAUUAACAUCAAAAUCAAAUUGCAUAACUUUUCAAGUGAACGAAGUGAAUAUUUGAGGGUGUUGAUAAGUUAGAUCUUCUGCCAAUUACAGAACCACAGUCUUUUGAUGUAAUUCAUGGAACAUACUUUAAAAAUUGGAAUAAAAUAAGAGAAGAAGGUUUGAGUCGCAUGAACAGAAAUCAUAUCCAUUUUGCUAAAGGUUCACCCACUGACAGCAGUGUUAUAAGUGGCAUAAGGAAAAACUGUGACAUUUUUAUUUAUAUAAAUUUACCUUUAGCUCUGCUUGAUGGAUUAAAGUUUUUCUUGUCUCCGAAUGAAGUGGUUCUAAGUCCAGGCGAUGAAAGUGGUAUCAUUAGUCCAAAGUAUUUUUUAAAAGUAUGUAACAGACGAGGAGAUAAGCUAUACUGAAUAUAUUAAUAUUUUUUUAUUUACAAUUUGAACUAUGACUGAAAAUAUAAAGCUUAUUGAUGAAAAAGCACCAAAUAAUAAACAGCAAAAUCAAAUGAAUAAAAAGCAUAAUUCAGAGAACGAAGGUAUAUAUGUUAGAGGCUAUUCGGCACAAACUAAAGAAAAUGACUUAGUUAAGUACUUUUCUCAGUUUGGGAAUGUUGUGUGGGUGCAUUUUGGACACGACUUUUUACUUCUUGAUUUUACGGAGCAAUCAGCUGUUGAAAAGGUUUUAUCCAAAAAGUCCCAUUUUUUGAGUGGAAACCGUUUAUUUGUUAGAAGAAAAGAAAGUAGAAGGAAUACAGUUUUGAACGACGAAGAAGUGAAUAAACAGAUAUAUGAAUAUCUGAUAUCCGAAUUAAAAAACAUUCAUGAUUUUAAUAUGCAAGUGUCAUGUAUGAAGCAUAAUCUUCAACCUGACAUGAAUGAAUGUUACCAGAAAUACAGCCAUGUCUGUAGAGAUCUCUGCAAUAUUAUUUCGUCAAGUUUCCCAUAUGUUCAGGUAUAUCCAUUCGGCUCGACCUUUACGGGACUCGAUUUCAACAACAGCGACAUUGACGUUUACUUGGCAAACGUCAAACAAUCUGACGAAGAUGAGGUGGACUUACUGAAAAUCAUCAAGGUUGCUCUAUCAAAAUCACGGAUUUUUGCAAACUGUUUUUGUAUUCCUUCGGCAAAAAUUCCUAUUGUAAAAUGCAUCCAUACCAAAACGAAAAUUCGUUGUGACAUCAACAUAAAAAACAUGCUGGGCGUGUGUAAUAGCAAGCUAAUUCGCUAUUACCUCGGUAUAGACCCCAAAAUUAACGAUGCGAUGAUAAUUUUAAAAUACUGGGCGAAAUUCCAUAAAAUAACCGGUCAAAAUCACCUCUUUACCAGCUACUCUCUAAUUUUAAUGUUUAUUUUCUUUUUACAACAGGAACCGUAUAAUUUACCGUCGGUCUCGUCCUUACAAAUACCGGAAAAAAAUCAUUUUCUAGAAAUUCAAGGUUAUUGGAACGGAGGAUUUAUAGAAAAACACAAGGUUCGUAGUGAGAAAAUUUCAAACACUUCCUUGCAAGAGAUUGUAGAAAACUUUUUCGGCUUUUAUUCUAAUUUUAAUUUCGCUACUACUAUUUUGUGUCCUUACACAGGAAAAAGCUUGCCAAUAAAUUAUUUUCAAGAUUACAAAGGUCUGCCUCAUAUUUUUAAGAGGUACAAGGACUUUAUGAGCGUAGAAGAGAACAAGAAAAUGGCUCUUAAAACUAAUACCUGCAUAUGUAUUCAGGAUCCUUUUGAAUUGAAUAGAAAUGUUGUUUCGGUAGUUACCGAAUCAGUGGUGGAAAAAUUCACUCUGUGUUGUCAGAUAGCGAAAAAAAUUUUCUCUGAAAAGAACCAAACACUCUACAGACUCUAUACCGAAGAACCUGUUCAAAUGAAAAAAGUUCAGUGCAGUUAUCAAGAGGACUCGCUUGACAUAACCUUACACAGGUCCACUACCAUUAAAUAUUUGCCUAAUAAUCAAAACGAUGAAUGGUUUGAGACGGCGUCUGAGUUUGUAUUGAUGACUCUAAGAGAUUUUCUUGAUCUAGACUUGACCGCGGAAGAUAGUCAAUCUAAAAUGGCCAAAAGUGAGGAAGAACCCACCGUGCAUGGUUCGGGAAAGAGUUUUUAUGUUUGUAUGGGAAAAUACAAUAUGUGGGAUGCCAGGAAGGCUACUGCAAAGAAACUAAAUCUGCCAAAUACAACUGAAAUGACGGUGAUCGAAAAAGAAACCAAGAUAACUAAUAACUUAAAAGAGGUUUACAACAAUAUUUCGAACUCCCCUAUAAUAGUGCAGUUUCGUUUGAUGUUAGAAAAACGGAAUGAUGCUCUUCUUGUUCAUUUAGAGAAAAUUAACGCUUACAAGAAGUCCUUCAAGUCGUUUUGUUUGUUUUUCGCCCAUAAUAUGCCACAGUGGUUUGAAAUGUACGAAAAGGAAUUGAACAAAAGAGCGAUUGCGCUCCCAAAAACGUAAUCAUUUCGAUAAACUCGACGAAAAAAAAAGUUUUUGAACGUUCAUUAGGCUUGGAAAUUAUGAACAAUCAAUGACAUUCACCAUAUACUGUGUGAAUAAAUUUUGUAAAUAAAGGUUUUCAUUCACGAUAUAAUUUUACAAAUAAAGUGACGGCAAUCUUCAUUUUAGGCCAACUUUUACAGGCUAUUUUUCUACUCAAAAAAUAUAGCUUCACAUUUUCUGUAUAUAAAUGUGGUUGUUAAAUGUUACCGAAUGUCAAAAAAUUUAAUUUGUCUUUUAAGUAUGUGUUUUUUUUUUAGAAAUAUAAUAUGUUUGUAU